AUGAAGUUUGCUCUUACAGCAGCCACAGUCGUUGCCGCCUUUAUCUCUGGUGCCGUAGCCCAGACCGCAGGUCAAUGGGGACAGUGCGGUGGAAACGGAUACACGGGACCGACGCAGUGCCCCAGCGGAUGGGUCUGCACGCCCGUCUCUCCCCCAUGGUACUACCAGUGCUUGCAGGGAACCUCUACGACUUCCUCCUCUUCUCGCUCCUCAUCCUCGUCGAGCCGCUCGUCGUCUAGCUCCAGCUCCUCGAGCCGUAGCACUUCGUCGAGUAGCUCGACCCGUAGCACUUCGACGUCGAGCAGCUCGACCCGCAGCACUUCGACUUCGACUGCAACCACCAGCGGCUCGACCGUCAUCCCGACUGCCACUGGCAAUCCCUUCUCGGGCAAGACUGUCUGGCUCUCGACCUACUACGCUGCCGAGGUCGACAGCGCUGCUGAUCAAGUCUCGGACGCGACCCUCAAGGCCAAGAUCCUCAAGGUCAAGGAGAUCCCGACCUUCACCUGGCUCGAUACCAUCGCCAAGGUUGCUACCCUCGACGACUAUCUCCCAGCUGCUUCUGGCAAGAUCUUCCAGCUCGUCGUCUAUGACUUGCCCAACCGUGAUUGCCACGCCAACGCCUCGAACGGAGAGCUCUUCUUCGAUCAAGGUGGUGCCGCCAAGUACCAGGGCUAUAUCGAUGGUAUUGCCGCUGCGGUCAAGAGGAACCCAAGCACGACCGUCAUUGCUGUCAUUGAGCCCGACUCGUUGGCCAACUUGGUCACCAACUUGAGCGACCCACGCUGCUCGGCUGCCGCUGAUGGUUACAAGUCUUCCACCACCUAUGCCCUCAAGACCCUCGCCGCUGCUGGCGUCUACAUGUACAUGGAUGCCGGUCACGCCGGAUGGCUCGGCUGGCCAGCCAACAUCUCGCCCGCUGCUGAUCUCUUCGUCACGAUGUGGACCAACGGUGGCAAGAGCCCCUUCAUCCGUGGUCUCGCUACCAACGUUGCCAACUACAACGCCCUCACUGCUGCCUCGCCCGACCCAGCCACCCAGGGCAACGCGAACUACGACGAGACCCACUACAUCAACGCCCUUGCUCCUAUGCUCCGCACCAAGGGAUGGAACGCUCAGUUCAUCGUCGACCAAGGCCGUUCGGGUGUCCAGAACAUCCGCUCUGCUUGGGGCAACUGGUGCAACAUCAAGGGUGCCGGUUUCGGUCUCCGCCCAACCACCAACACUGGAAACCAGUACAUCGAUGCCAUCGUCUGGAUCAAGCCAGGAGGAGAGUCCGACGGUACCUCCAACACCAGCGCCACCCGUUACGAUACGAUGUGCGGUGGCCCAGAUGCCAAGAUCCCCGCCCCAGAAGCUGGACAAUGGUUCCAGGCUUACUUCGUCGACUUGGUCAACAACGCCAACCCAGCUUUCUAA